AUGGCACAAUCGGAGUUCUCUCCUCGUAUUUCUGUCCUGCUUAUGAUGGCCUUGGCCCUGGCUGUCAUGGGCAUAGUUCUUCCCCCAAACUUUCCGAUGCCCGAUAGCGUUGCCGCCGCGCCACCUUGUGGGGAGGUGGUUAUCCUGGCAGGGGAAGCAGCUGGCCCAGGAAAAAAACGGUGCAUUGGGGCUGGAUGUCCUGUCUUAUGCAGCCCACCAGUCAACGGUCCAGGAAACAACAAGAAGUCCGAUGGCAAGGAAUCCGGUGACAAGGAAUCCGAGGAGGCGCUGUCCGAGGACCAGGAGGCUGACAAGGACUCAAGUGACAAGGACUCAAGUGGCAAGGGCUCAAGUGAUGAGGACUCAGGUGACAAGGACACCAGUGACAAUGAAGUGAGCGAGAAGGAAUCAAGUGGCAAGCAACCUCAAGGCAAACAGUCGGGAGGCAAGAAGUCGAAGGGCAAGCAGUCCGAUGCUAAUGAAGAUGGUGAGCAAUCGAUUAGCAAGCGAUCCAACGCCAGGUUUGUCAGAAAUCGCAAGCAACGGAUUGCUCGGCAAGAUAAUCGCGGCCCCGCCAACAAUGAGCAAUCCGACGACAGCUCCAAUGGCGACCGAGUGACCGACGAGCCUGUCGACAGCAGCGAGGAACCAGAUGGCAGACAAUCCAAUCGUAAGCAGACCAAUCGCAAGGGCCCCAAUAGCAAGGGUUCCAACAGCAAAAACGCCGAUGGUGAAGAUUCCAAUGGCGAGGAUUUCAAGGACAACGAUUCCAAUACCAAGUCCAGUGCCAAGCAGUCGAACCGUAAACAUGCCAGCAACAAUGAUUCCGACGAUGAGAGUAUUAAUGAGGAGGGCUCAGAUAACACGUCCGAUAGCGUGCAGUCGGAUGGCAAGCAAUCGGGCGACGAGAAUUCCAAUGAGGAUGACUCUUCCAAUGACAAGAAGCCCAGUGGCAAUGACUUUGACGACCAGAAUUCAAACGAUGGAAGUUCCAAUGACGAGGAUUCUGAAAGCCAGCCCAAAGGCGAGCAAUCCGGUCGCAAGCAGUCAAACUGCAAACAAUCCGGUCGCAAGCAUGGCAAAGGCAAGCAACCCAAUGAUGAGAAAUCCGACGUCAAGCUCACGGGAGACGGCACUCAUUCAGAUGAGGAGACUUCGAGCGGGAACAAUGAGGAUGGAGAGGUUUCAGUCGACGCCUCUGAGUUGUCCUCGCACUGA